AUGGAGCACCCUCAACAGCCUCUGGACUUGCGCCAGUUCCAGCCUGCUUCUCAACAACAACAACAACAACAACAACAGCAACAUCAACAUCAACAACAGCAACAACAACAACAGCAACAACAACAACAGCAACAGCAACAACAACAACAACAACAACAACAACACCAUCAGCAGCAGCAACAUCAACAUCAGCUCCAACACCAACAACAACAGCAACAGCACCCCAUGUCCCAUUCUCAGGCUCUGUCCCAGGCCCAGGCUCAAUCGCUGUCCAUGGAGUCUGCUCACCCCUAUCAUGUCACCCUCACCUCAAUGACCUCUGCCACUUUGCCCACUAUGGAGACCAGUAUCCACGCCCAGACCAUGUCUCACGCAAACACCGUCACGCCAAGACCGCUCUGGCUCGAAAGCCAAGGCCAGGGUCUCACUCAUCGAGCAUCCUUCCACUCUCUCUUGUCCAUGGGAAGCAGAGAGGACCGACUCCGAGCUCGUCAGGAUCGUGGCAGCAUCAUCAGUCUGGCCUCUACAGUCGGUGACGAUUCACCUUCAGACUUUACCCACUUUGACUUUGAGCACCCCGUCGGCGAUCUUCAUUCUCAACAGAGCUCAUCCGGUGGUGGUCUAGGAUAUGAAAAUGACGAAUACGACCACCACGGAAUCGGGACAGGAUUAGCCAUGAUGAGCUUUCUGGACUUUAUGCCUCAGUCGCGGUCGAGCCCGGGAGACAAUAGCGCUGAUGGCGAUGUGAGAAGCGCACAACCCUCCAGGAGUAAUAGUGUCAUCCUCGAUGCCGAUACCGCCAACAUGAUCCGGAUGAGCUCGAUAUUUUCGAUGGGAGAGGAGCCACUCCACCUUCAGCCUGAACAAUACAGCAGCACCAGCAGCAACAAUAGCAACCACGGUUCGGCGCAAAUGCACCCAUUGUCAAAGGAGUCAUCGUCUGACUUGUCACUGGAGCAGUCUGGUCAGAUCCCUGGUCAACAUCCUAACGAGACAGAGGGCAUGUUGCCGUCCAUCUGGUCCAACAAUUCGGUGGAUAUGAUGUCAGCCUCUGUCCAUCCCUUUUCGAUGCCUGCCUACGAGAACAAGUCACACCCGCUUUCCAACUCUUCGGACCCGACACUCCUGGAGAACAAUGGCGGCAACGAGCAGGGAUCAUUGGAGCACGCACGACCAGGAUUCCAGUCAUCGAUGCCGCCAGCCUUCACCAACUCGUCUGGUUACUUUGUAAACAACGACGCCCCUAUUCCUCCUUUGACAACUCACAUAUCUAUGGCCAACCUCGUUCAGCAACAGCAAGCACACCAGCAUCAACAGCAGCAACUCCGUCUUCAACAACAGGCCCAUCAGCAACAACUACAGCAUGCUCAGCACCAACAGGCACUGCAACAACAACAGAUGCAUCAACAGCGAAUUCAUCUCCGGUCCCAAACACUGGCAGCAUCGCAGUCGCCCCAUGUCCGCAAUCUGUCAAGUCCGGGUGUCGAGUACGCCAAGAGCCCUCAUUCGUUGACGCCGCCAUUGCACCCACAGCAGCAGCAGUUGAACCAAAAAAUGUACGGCACCCCAACUGGUGCCCCGACCUUUGCGGCAGGCAAGGCCGCUGCACGAGUCCGGAACAGAACCAUCAGUAGUCCUGCUGGAUCCUUCCAGUACUCUCCCUCCAGCAUGGGCUCGACUCCCACCAGCAUUCAAAUGACACGGCCUCCUUCGGGUCUGUCCUUUGGUCCCAUCCCCGUCCGGGAACGCAAGCGGUCGUUGAUGGAUGCCAACGUGGCGCAGGGUCUGGAUCAAGUACGUCAGUCGCUCCCGGGAGUGAACCAGCAGUCCUCAGCACUACCUUCAUCGGACAACAGCCAUUUAACGACACCCUCGGGCACCAGUAGUGGUAUCAGCAGUGGCGAUGACAAAGGACCCAAUCACUCGCCCUUCCACAUUAAACAGGAACCCAACCUGGAUCACAACUUGAUUGGUUUAGGGUUAGGCGCCGCCAACAACAAUAACGACAACAGCGCCGCUUCUCCUGAGGAAAAUUACCAUCGCAAGCGGACAAAAUCCGUCGACAUGUACAGCAGCUAUAUGGGAUCUCUCAACUCGUUCAACCCUCCAAUAACGACAGCCGAGAUGGGAUCGUCUGGUCUCUCAGGUACCGCCAAUCAAGGCACGUCGGUCCAGAACUGGCAGCCACCAGAUAUGGCACUCCACCUCCAGGUCUACCAUAACAGCAUCAACAACAUGAACAAUGGUCUCGGCUCGGUGAUGCCCCCAGCGUCAGUUCCUUUGCACAUGCAGAUGAACGGUCAAGGAGUCCAUCCCCAUCACGUCUCGGCUGCAGGUGGCCCAAUAGGCAGCGAGUCCAACUUGUAUCAGCUCUCGAACAUGCCCUUGACUGAGCCUGUCCACACUCUUCGCCACUCGAUCUCGCAUGAUCGCAUGGACCCCAGCUAUGGUUUGCCUCCACAGCAAUUGAAUGGAGGAGUUACCGGAGCCAAGGCCAAGGCCAAACCCAAGGCGACCAAGGCUGCGGGCAAGGGCGGCAAGGCCAAGGGUCGAUCCAUGUCAAUGGGCGAUGCCUUGGAUCCCGAGGCUGUCGCCGGGUUGGUCAACGGUUUCACAGGCAACAAUGCUGGAGCGAGUGGAGCCGAUGCUGGAGCCAGUGUUGGAGGUGAAGACGAGGAAGGCGGUGCUGGUUUUGACGAUGCUUCCGGUACCGCUACCGGCGCAAAUGGAUUGGAAUUUGAAGGCAGCGAGCUCCAUGGCGACCCCACAGCCAGGAAGCAGAAGCUGCGAUACGAGGGCGACCAGUACACACCUCAAUGGGUCCGUAACGUCGGUCAAGCCAAGGAGGGUUUCUGUGACACUUGUGUUCCCGGCAAGUGGCUCCAGCUCAAGAACAGUGCCUUCUGGUAUCAUAAGCAGUUCUUCCAUGGAAUCUCGUCGGUGUCGGGCAAGUUGUUUUCGAACCCGAUCCAGACGCGUCAGAUGGAGCAGGACGAUAUCGAGGGAUUGUGCCACCAGUGCAACGAGUGGAUCCCGAUCUCGAACCACAAGCGUCAGAACUCGAUGCUGUGGUACCGCCAUGCACACAAGUGCCAUAUCUACCACAAGCCCAAGACCCAGGGUCAGAGCUCGAACCGGUCAUCUUUCUCGGCUGGUCCAGGUCAGCCCAUGGCUGCAUUUACGGAUGCCGCCACCGCUGCUGCCUUUGCAGCCAACUUGAGCAACGGGAACAGCUUGAUGAGUGGAGGAAUCCAUCCCUUGAGCCAGAACCAUGGACAUGGACACGGACACGGACAUGGACACGGUCUCGGCCACGGCCACGGUCAUGGGAUGGGGAACGGAAGUGGAUCACUGAGCGCGGAGCAGGCAGCUGCUGCUGUUGCUGCAGCUGCGGCCGUCGGCAAUGUUGUCGUGGUUGCUAACCAGCACCAUUGA